AGGAAAAUCGGAGAGAUGGGGGGAGGAGAGAUGAGUGGCUAUCCCAGAGCUACAUAAAUAAUUUCCAGCGUUGAACGGGACAAUUCUGAACUUCCUUGCCAGGUGUUGUGGCACUGGUGUUUACUGGCGGGAAACUAGGAAGAGCUGGUUCUUGGCCCUUGGAUUUUGACUGGUUGUUGGGAAAGGUGGAGCCCAUUUUAGUGGGUCUCUUUGAAAAAGCCUGUCAAGAUGUCAGGCCUGCUCUCAGUUUUCUUCCAUCUCCUCCUUCUCUUCAAGUUGGUUGCCCCAGUGACCUUUCGCCACCACCGCUAUGAUGACCUUGUGCGGACGCUGUACAAGGUGCACAACGAAUGCCCCUACAUCACGCGGGUUUACAGCAUCGGGCGCAGUGUGAAGGGGAGACACCUCUACGUGCUGGAAUUCAGCGACUACCCUGGAAUCCACGAGCCCUUGGAACCGGAAGUCAAGUACGUGGGGAACAUGCACGGCAACGAGGUGCUGGGCCGCGAGUUGCUGCUGCAGCUGGCGGAGUUCCUGUGCGAGGAGUUCCGGAACGGGAACCAGCGCAUCGUGCGGCUGGUGGAGGGCACGCGCGUGCACAUCAUGCCGUCCAUGAACCCAGACGGCUACGAGGUGGCUGCCGCCCAGGGCGCAGACAUUUCUGGAUACCUGGUUGGCAGGAACAACGCAAAUGGAGUGGACCUGAACCGCAACUUCCCCGACCUUAACACCUAUGUCUACUACAAUGAGAAACACGGAGGCCCUAACCACCACCUGCCCCUCCCAGACAACUGGAAGAGUCAGGUGGAGCCCGAGACUGAGGCUGUGAUCCACUGGAUCCGCUCCUUCAACUUUGUUCUUUCAGCCAAUCUCCACGGAGGAGCAGUGGUGGCCAAUUAUCCAUAUGACAAGUCCCUGGAGCAUCGGGUCCGAGGGGUGCGCCGCACUGCCAAUACCCCCACACCCGAUGACAAGCUUUUCCAGAAGCUGGCCAAGGUGUACUCCUAUGCACAUGGAUGGAUGCACCAGGGAUGGAACUGUGGGGAUUACUUCCCAGACGGCAUCACCAAUGGGGCCUCCUGGUAUUCUCUCAGCAAGGGAAUGCAAGACUUUAACUAUCUCCACACCAACUGUUUUGAGAUCACACUGGAACUGAGUUGUGACAAGUUUCCCCGCCAAGAGGAAUUACAGCGUGAGUGGCUGGGUAAUCGGGAAGCCCUAAUCCAAUUCUUGGAACAGGUGCACCAGGGCAUCAAGGGAAUGGUGCUUGAUGAGAAUUAUAAUAACCUUGCGGAGGCUGUCAUUUCUGUUAGUGGGAUUAACCAUGAUGUCACUUCAGGUGACCAUGGCGAUUACUUCCGGCUACUGCUUCCAGGUACCUACACUGUCACUGCCACAGCACCGGGGUUCGACCCAGAGACAGUGACCGUGACCGUGGGUCCUGGAGAACCAAAACUGGUUAACUUCCAUCUCAAGAGAAGCAUCCCUCAAGCAACCCCUACGAGGAGAGUUCCCAACCCAGGGCACGGACGCAGAGUCUUACCAAAGAAAGUUCAGCCCCGGGUCAGCUAGGGAAGAAGAUGAGGAGACGAAGCGGCCCCAGAGAGUCCCUGCCUGAAAUCCACAGCGCUGGGGUGACACGUUAGAAAGGCUUGUUCCUGCUCUCCCAUCAGAUGAAACAUGCUUUCUAUUUUAUUAUCUGGGACAUAUUUAAAUAUAAAUGUAUUCACGACAA